AUGGCAUCAGGACCAGCCCUGUACGUGGUCCGUGUGGAGCACCGCGUGUCCGGCCUGCAGCUGCUGUGCCAGCAGGCCAUUGCCAGCGCCCUGCGAGAGGACAAGGACGUCAGCAAGCUGACCCCGCCCCCCCGCCUCUGCUCCCACCUCCCCACUGCCUUCAUCCCCACCAUCAAGGUGAAGCCCUUCCACUCACCUUCUCCUCCUUCCUCACUCGUGCUGGCUGCCUGUUCCCGAAGGCUCGCCAAGAGGAGGGCCGAGACAAGGAACACAGGCGAGAGUCCCAGAGCAGGAGCACAGAAGUCACGUCUGCUCCUCUGCAAGAUGAAGCCCCCGAUUCCGGACCAUGACAACACGCGCGACUUUGUCAGCUGCCCCUCGGCCGGCAACGAGCGUCUGCGCCGCACCGUGAAGCGCACAGAGCGCGGCCCGGAGGUGGGCGGCCCGUGCCACGCGCUCUGCCUGGAGCACCCGGGCGGGCUCGUGCGCGUCCUCGAGGGGCGGCGCGUCAGCCAGCUGCGCCGGAGCUCGUCAUCACGGACCCGCGCUCAGACAGCAACGCAGGGGGGCGCCUCGCCAGGCACUGCAGACCCCUCUCGGGGGGUGCGGACUGGUAUUCCUGACUGCCCACGCACAGGAGACGGUUCUGACACGCCAGACAUAAAUUUCUCGGAGUCCCUGAAAUGGACCCAACUCUGCCAGGUCUUGAGUCCAGAGCAGGCCCAGAACCAACAAGGGCCUUCCCCGGUCCCAGGGCAGAAGCAGGUUCUGGGGGAGUCACCCGAUGAAAUCUAUGGAAACAGCUUGAUUUCUACCAUGAUCGACAGCUGCAACUGCUCAGACUCCAGUGACAUCGAACUGAGUGACGACUGGGCUGCCAAGAAAUCUCCCAAAAUCUCCCGAGCUAGCAAAUCACCCAAACUCCCAAGGAUCAACAUUGAGGCUCGGAAGUCCCCCAAGCUGUCCCGGGAGGCACAGGAGAUCUCCAGGUCUCCACGGUUGCCGAUGCGCAAGCCCUCCAUUGGCUCGCCCAGCCUGACGCGAAGAGAGUUUCCCUUUGAAGACAUCACUCAGCACAACUAUCUUGCUCAGGUCAUGUCUAAUAUCUGGGGAACCAAAUUUAAGAUUGUGGGCUUGGCUGCUUUCCUGCCAACCAACCUCGGUGCAGUAAUCUAUAAAACCAGCCUCCUGCAUCUCCAGCCGCGGCAGAUGACCAUCUAUCUCCCAGAGGUCCGGAAGAUUUCCAUGGAGUAUGUUAAUUUACCUGUCUUCAACCCGAAUGUUGUCAGUGAAGAUGAGGAUGAUUUACCAGUGACGGGAGCAUCUGGCGUGCCUGAGAACAACCCACCGUGUACCGUGAACAUCCCCAUCACGCCCAUGCACAGCUCAGCUCAAGCUACGGCCCCCACACAGAGCAUAGGACUGGUGCAGUCCCUGUUGGCCAAUCAGAACGUGCAGCUGGACGUCCUGACCAAUCAGACCACGGCCGUGGGGGCAGCUGAGCACGGAAACGUUCAGGCCAUCACAGAGGGCGAGAUGAAGAAGGAGGCUCGGACUCGGAGCGACUUGAAUUCCCUGAUCUCCAGCCCCCGCCUGGGGAGGGAGAAGAAGAAAGAGAAGAGUCAGAAAGACCAGCUGAAGUGGAAGAAGUUGAACAAGAGGAAGGGGUUCCAGGACAGCUCGGAGAGCCAGCCCGGGCUGCGCGUCAGCGGGGACGAGCUGGUGACCCGGAGCCAGGGCGGCCAGACGGGCUGGAAGGGCAAGCGCAGCCUGCGCGCGGCCGGCGAGCCGGAGGAGGCCAAGGGCCGCAGGGCCAGCGAGCGGGAGGACGGCCGGCCGCGCAGCCAGGGCUUCGUGCACGUCAUGGCCAACAAGCAGCCGCUGUACGAGGCCACGCAGGGGCGCCAGCUGGACUUCGGGGGGCGGGUGACCCAGGAGUCGGCCAAGAACUUCCAGAUGGAGCUGGAGGGGCGGCAGGUGAUGCAGUUUGGAAGGAUCGACGGCAAUGCGUACAUCCUGGACUUCCAGUACCCCUUCUCCGCUGUGCAGGCCUUCGCCGUCGCCCUGGCCAACGUGACUCAGCGCCUGAAAUGAAGAGACUGCUGUGCGGAGGAGGAGAGGGAGAGGAGCCUUUCCAG